GAUGAAGAUCACUCACAUGCCCUGGAAGCACAAGUUGAAGAGGCAUAGGUAGACUGCAAAUGUUGGGACUGCGAAGCGCCGUGCCCAGAUGCCAGCUUUCAUGCUGAUGUAACUCGCAAGGCUUUUUUCAAGCCUCCAAAGGAGGCGUGGGCUAACCGGGCAAAAAACAUGGCUGCGAAGAGUCGGGAGUUGUACAAAGAGGCCUUGAAGGAGGCCAAUGAGCCGUUUACUUUCCCUCAGGGUCGCCGGAGUGAGGCUGUCUACAAAGCCCGAAAUGCUUUCAACGCACGACUUUUCGGCCUUUUUUCAAGGAAUACUUGGCCACCGCAUAUAUCACCCUCGAACAAAGCCCUGAAUUGUCAGACUCGCAGAUGCACCGAAGCUCGGACGAAGAUGGGCUGGAGGGCGGAAAUUCCGGAUGAUGACCAAAUGCCGCGAAGGGUUGGCAUGACCUGGAUGAGGGUAGGCGCAGAUCCGGAUUCGAUACCUGCCUCGCACACUAUCGCAGAGCCUGGGCCAUCUUUACGACUUUACGAUGCGUAUCCUCAUCCUGCACCCACUGGACUGCCACUGGUUCUUGAGCAACGAGUCCACAGUUGGAGGGGCUAUUCCCCCUUCAUAGUACUAUCAGUGGUGUCGCCGUGUCGCCCUGUUAACCGAUACUUGGAUGUGGAUAGGUGGAGCCAGCACCCGUCGAGUCUUACCUAUUCUUACCUAUGAUAUUCAGGCAACCCUACGCUCAGGACUGAUGUUAUCCUUAG